AUGAAAUACUCAAACACUGUUGAUAGGAAUACCUUUAAGGCAUAUAUUGACCAGAAAGUGGUCAGAAGGCACAAACCUCAAGAGGGACUUAAUGCGUUGGAACUCAAGUGGAACUUCAACAGUCCUGAGUCUCUUAGAAUUCUGAGUAUUGAAGCUCUUGCAGAGAAUUGGACAGCUAAUCCCGUUUAUUCUGAGGUCACCUACGAUGUGGAUAGGAACUAUCUGCUGGAUAUCCUUAGCCUAGAUAUUCCUGUUGCAGAUUUGUCGACCAAAAUCCAAGAAGAUGUCUUUUGGGAAAGAUUUUUCAUGUCCAGAUGGCCACAAUACUGCCCCCAGACAAGAAAUCGUCCAUGGAUCAAAGUCUUUAUGGAGAAGUAUCUCGCAGAGAAGUUGGAAAAUAUGAAGAGUGACGAUUAUGAGGAAGAACGCUUAGUUCAGCUUCUGGAAUUAUGUGCUUCUCAUGUAGAAAAUCUCAUUAUCAAUCAACUCCAGCCCGCAAUGGCUUCCAUUGAAUCUGAGCACAAUGAUCAUGUUGUCCCAAUGAACAUUGUUCUGUCGAACUUGCCUGAAUUGCGCAAGAUUGACUUGACUUACGAUCUCAAGAACGUGGGAACAAAUUUCUACCUGGGAUGUUCUAAUAUUUCAGCAAAUGACAUCAAAUCCUUGUCUGAGGGACUGGCAAAGUGCUUUGAAUUGCAGAAUUUCCGCCUGCACAGUAGCAAGUUGGAUGCUCAAAUGCUGAAAACGCUGGCAGUGGCUCUGGACAAAGGAUGUCCCAAUUUGGAAGUUCUUUCUUUGCCACACUGUCGGUUUGGAGAUGCAGGAUUGCUAGCCUUUUUGGAAGCUUUAGGGCCAGAUUCUUUUCCAAACAUUCAUACAUUGAUCCUCAGUAACAAUUUCCUGACCUUCAAUGGAAUAAUAGAACUAACAACCGUGAUUAAGCGCCGUAGACUCAAGAAGCUGGAUCUUAGAUUGAAUCCAAUUAAAUCCGAAGGAGCAUCUGCGAUUUUUGGGAUCCUCAAGGACAUCCAAGUUCAAGAGCUGAAUCUCUCAUGUUGCUCCUUGGACGCGUCUAUAAGCUUCCUUCUUCUGAAAAUCGUCAUGGAAUGCAAAUCUCUCGAGAUACUCAAUCUCUCUGUCAAUAAAUUUACCCAUGAAAUGGGUGAAAAAAUCACAGAAAUCGUUCCGAAGAAUAAAAAUCUCUUGGAAUUUGAUCUUCGAAAUACGGAAGUCUCAACAAUUUCCCGGAUGAUCAUCGAUGAUUAUGUGCUGAAAAAUCGUUUGAGAAAAAGCCUAAAUGAAGGGGAAAAAUAA